UGAGAACAACAACAGCAUCUCUACUGCAACUGAAUAGUUUGGUGAGUUGUGUUUUUUUUGUUGGUUUAUCUUUUCCACUGUUCUUUCCCAAACCCACCUCAAAGUUUAAAGCAUCCAUGGGGUCUUUCUUCAAAUGGAUCAACUUGUUGGUCUUUUUUCAUUUCCUUGCUGCAACAACCAUCUUCACCUUCAGCUCAAAUGCAAUCGCCAUCACCAAGUUUCUUGAUUUAGCCAAGGAUCCUCGGGUUUUUGAUUGGAUGGUGGGUAUCCGGAGGAAGAUUCACGAGAAUCCAGAACUGGGUUAUCAGGAAUUUGAGACCAGUCAGCUUAUAAGGGUGGAAUUGGAUAAACUGGGCAUUUCAUAUAAAUACCCUGUUUCAGUCACUGGUGUUAUUGCCUUCAUAGGGACUGGACACCCUCCUUUUGUUGCAAUAAGAGCUGACAUGGAUGCUCUUCCUAUGCAGGAAAUGGUGGAGUGGGCGCACAAGAGUAAAGUACCUGGAAAGAUGCAUGCAUGCGGUCAUGAUGCUCAUGUUGCCAUGCUUCUUGGCGCUGCAAAGAUCCUCAAAGAGCAUGAAAAUGAGAUACAAGGAACUGUUGUUCUUGUUUUUCAACCAGCAGAAGAAGGAGGUGGAGGGGCUAAGAAAAUUUUAGAUGCUGGGGUCUUGGAAAAUAUCUCUGCCAUAUUCGGAUUGCAUGUCGCACCUAACUUAGCAAUAGGUGAAGUGGCCUCUAGGUCGGGUCCUAUAUUUGCAGGAAGUGGCUUCUUUGAAGCAACAAUAAAUGGAAGGGGAGGUCAUGCAGCCAUCCCUCAGCACUCUAUAGAUCCAAUAUUGGCAGCUUCCAAUGUGAUCGUUAGCUUACAACAUAUUGUUUCACGCGAGGCUGAUCCUCUAGACUCCCAGGUUGUGACUGUAGGAAAAUUUCAAGGAGGUGGUGCUUUCAAUGUUAUUCCAGACUCAGUCACAAUUGGUGGCACCUUCCGAGCCUUUUCAAAAGAAAGCUUCAUGCAACUGAGGCAGCGGAUUGAGCAGGUUAUCACUGGGCAAGCUGCUGUGCAGAGAUGCAAUGCAACUGUCAACUUUCUUGAUGAAGAGAAAUCUUUCUUCCCCCCAACAGUAAACGAUGGUGACUUGCAUGAGUACUUUAAAAGUGUUGCUGGGAGUUUGCUUGGCAUCGAUAAAGUUAAGGACAUGCAACCGUUGAUGGGAUCUGAGGACUUUGCAUUCUAUCAAGAGGUUUUUCCGGGAUACAUCUUCCUCCUUGGAAUGGAGAAUGCCUCUAUUGAACGUCUUGAGUCACCACAUAGUCCAUAUUUCAGAAUCAAUGAAGAUGCACUUCCCUAUGGAGCUGCACUUCAUGCUUCUUUAGCUACUAGGUAUCUUCUCAAAUUAAAUCAGGACGUACCAGUAGUGGAGGGGAAACAUCAUGAUGAAUUAUGAAACAGAACAUUGAAAGCCCUUGUUGGGGUUAUUUAUUUGUGCAAUCACGACGAGGUAGUGGAGCAUUGGUUUGACACGUCCUUAGUUGUAAAUGUAUUGCAUUCAAAUCAUAAUAAUUCCACUGUGCUUCACAUUUUAAUCUUUCACCCUGCUGAUCUAGGUGCAAAUCAAAUGGGAGAGAACAGACAACUUUUUAUUUUGAUAUUUUCUACAAUUUCAAAGUCAUUCAACUACUAUCGAAUUCUACCUAAGUUGAAAUAGAAUGACACAAUGAACUAUUUCCUUUGCAAGAAUAAAUAAGAUGGAAAUGUGAUGAUGGUUUGUCUUCAA